CAAAAAAUAUUAACAAAUAUGAAUCCCGCCCAAAAUGUUGUUACGAAGAAGAUGAUUCUGGUUAGGGCGCUUUGCCUGACUCAGUCACUCAUCACUCACUGGAUCCUGAACAAAUUUCACGUUCACGUCAUCAAUGGGUUCAACCAUGGCGAGAUUCUGGAAGCUCACAGUAGAUCCAAGGACGACGAUCUCGGCGUCCGCCACAUCCCCGCCUACGGCGAGUUCAAUUGGACGUUUCGCACUGAUUUCUUCUCACGGACCAAGUUCAGCUGCCACAUGUGGUGGACCGGCGGCGAAAAGUACCUUGAUGUCUUUUGGGUCGAUAACAAGUUCCUCUCCAACGAGUGCGGCGGGAAUAACUGCCGGCGGAGAUCGCAAGAUGAUGGCGUCUAUUUGUUAUUGUUUAGCUAUCAUCAUAAUUAAUUUUGUUUGAAAUAUAAAUGGGAUCCUUGGAAUAAGACUAAAACUAACAUAUAUUUAG